CGGCGGUGUUAUUAUUAUUAUUAUUAUUAUUAUUAUUAUUAUUAUUAUCGGCUUAUCAAUGUUGUUGUGGCUGUACAAUCUUCAGUGCGCGCGUUGUCAGUUUGUCACUCGUCAAUCAGUCAGUGGUCAGUGUAGUUAUUAUUAUAGUUUCGAUAAUCGCUAUAUUAUUAUAUUGUUGACUGUUGUGACGUUAGGACGUGUCGAGCGGCUACGGUUCUGCGAAAAGUUUCGUGGCGAAAUUACACUGUAUCCAGUAUCCGCUAACGUCACCAAUUGUACUCGCCACCACUCACGAGAGAUAAUAAAAUAAAAAAUAAAUAUCCUGAUUAUCUAUGACGAAAACACACAAAUCGCAAUUUAGCGGAAAACAAAAUUAAAUUAAACAUAAAAAAAAUUGUAUUGAAUCAAAUGAAAAUGAAAAAACCARUAACGAUUAAUGAGAUUAAAAUAAUGAAUACUAUUUAAGUAUUCGAUUUUUAAUGUGAAUGAUCGAUCGCCAUUUUGAACUUUAAAAUACUGUUAUCUCCGUUAUCAUUCCGUGUGAUACGAAAGUCUAUAAUCACAGAAUAAUUUAUCUUACCCACAGAAUUGACAGAAUCAUGAUAUGGRUCAUCUGUGAUCGUACUGUUUUAUUCCGUCAUUUCCGUGCCUCUAUGAUGUAAAAUUAUAAAUUAUAAUAAUAUAAUGUAUUACACGAUUCAACUACAUAUUUGAAAUAUCUUAAAUCGUGAUGUAUAAUUCAACUAUUCAAUGUGAAUCCACCUUCAUUUAUUUUUCAAGCAACCUAACGUGAAUCGUUAUUAGUCGAUCUUAAGAUAAAUAUCAAGAUUGUGUUGUACCAUUUAUGCUUUUUGUUCGAUACUUCAUCAAUAAAACGGACUAAAAAUUAAAAAUUUUCAAGAUACAACCUUCUGGCUGGGCACUCAAAACGAUUGAUAAUUAUUCYUGAUGAUGGAGGACACUAAAGUGAUUUCCUCACUAGAUACUUUCUACUCUGCAUGCAUGGAUUUAAGAAAACACAACUACGACAAAUGCAUUGAGAGCUGUACAAUAAUCUUAUCGAAAAAUCCUUAUGAUCAGGCUGCAUGGGCUCUAAAAAUGCGUGCAUUAACCGAACAACUGUCUAUUGAUGAUAUUGAAGCAGAAGAAGAAGGCAUUGCUGAUUCUUAUUUUAACUCUGAUGCUAUAGCUGAAAAUGCUAGAGUAGGUACAUCAUUAAGAACAGCUCAAGACACUAGUAAUCAAAGGCCUCGAACAGUUGGCGGUAGGCCCUUAAGUGGUAUAAUUCGUCCAUCAACUUCAUCUGCUGGAGGCAAUAAUUUACAAAUGGCUUUAAAAACACCACGCACUACCGGUUCCUCAAGACCUUUAACAUCUCAAUCAGCUAGAAAUAUACGCCUUGGUACUGCAUCAAUGGUCUCCCAAAUUGAUGGUCCUUUUAUUAAUAUAUCCCGUUUAAAUUUUCCUAAAUAUGCAUCUGAUAAACAACUUUCAAAGUUGUUGUUCAACUACAUAUAUUAUCAACAAAACGACAUUAGAAAUGCAUUAGACUUUGCAGUGGAAGCAACUAAAUGUUGCAGAUUUGAGGACCCUUGGUGGAAAGUGCAGUUAGGAAAAUGUUACGUAAUGUUAGGAUUACUUCGAGACGGGGAAGCUCAGUUUAGAUCUGCUUUACAACAUGGACCUAAUAUUGAAGUGUUUUUACGUCUUUCACGAUUAUUCAUUCGCCUUGACCAGCCUUUAAGUUCAUUAGACAUAUGCCAAGAAGCCAUGUCUUGGUUUCCACAUGAAGUUACAUUACUCAUUGAAAUGGCUAGAAUAUUUGAAGGUCUAAAUAAUAUACCAAUGUCAGUUAAAUACUAUAGAGACAUACUUGAAUUAGAUGCAACAGAUAUGGAGUCAAUUGCAUGUAUUGGAUUGCAUCAUUUUUAUUCUGAUCAGCCCGAAGUAGCCUUAAGAUAUUAUAGGAGACUGCUACAAAUGGGCUUAUACAAUGCUGAGCUUUUUAAUAAUCUAGGACUGUGUUCAUUCUAUGCCCAGCAGUUUGAUGUAGUUACAGCAUGUUUUGAAAACGCAUUAAGAUUGGCAUUGGAUGAUAACGCAGCUGAUGUUUGGUACAAUAUCAGUCAUGUGGCAAUUGGUUUUGGAGAUUUGGAUAUAGCUGAGCACAGUUUGCAUUUAACAUUGUCUUUGAAUAGUUCUCAUGGUGCAGCUCUAAAUAACUUGGCUGUAUUACUGUGGCGUAAAAACCAUAUGUCCCGGGCAGAAUCUUUGUUGAACUCUGCAAUAGCAGCUGAAGAUCACCUUUAUGAACCACAUUAUAACAGAGCUUUACUAGCUCAAGAAGAGGGUGAUCACCAAACAAGUUAUGCUAUGGUAAAGAAGUCACUAUCAAUUUAUCCUAAUCAUUACAAUUCUAGAGAUAUUUUAAACGAAUUAAAAAAAUAUUUUUCUAGUCUUUAAAAAUUAUUAGUUUAG